AUCAAGCUGGCUAUAUUAACGGAUCGAACCGAACCCAAAACAAGGUGAGACCCCCGUCAGCAGACCCAGACCGCUCAAUCGGACCGAGUGUCACCAUUCACAACACCAAAGGUCGCACCCAAACCACCCCCACUCCCAGAAAAGCAAUAAAUAAGAGUAAAGCCAGCAAUUGACGUAUGCUCUCUUCUCAUUUCAUUCCUUUGUAACCUGUCUCCCUCGCUUCCCUUAAUUUCUCUCUCUUUCCUCUCUCUAAAACAACAAACAAUCGACACCUCAUCAACUCCGUUCCGUUCAUCCCCCUUCCCUCCGUUCUUCUUUCUCUGUUAUUCUUUCGGUCUUUUCUCUGAGUUCAUCAAAUCGACAGUUUUCUAUCAUAAUUCACCGAAUCGCACGGUGAAAAACGAGAGAGAGAGAGAGAGAGAGAGAGAGAGAAUAUUAGCGGAUUUGAUCCGGUGAGAUGGCAUCCGUGAUAACGAAUCCAGUGACGAACACAAACUAUGAUCGGAGCAAAAGGAAAAAGAAGAAGAAACAAAUGGUCAAAGAGAAUCAGCAGAGCCAGAACCAGAACCACGCAAGAUGGAAAUCAGAGGCGCAGCAGCAAAUCUAUUCUUCAAAGCUUAUUCAAGCUUUGAGUCGGGUCAGUCUCAACAGUCCUCCUCCGGCUCCACGCGGUGGCCGAGCUGUCCGUGAAGCUGCUGAUAGAGCCUUGGCCGUAGCGGCUAAAGGGAGAACCCGGUGGAGCCGGGCCAUUUUGACGAGCCGGCUUAAGCUAAAAUUUCGGAAGCAGAAGAGACAGAGGGGAUCCGCCGCUGUGGUGGCUGCCGUCACCCGGAGUCGCCGCUCGAAGAAACCGAGAGUUAGCGUUUUGAAAUUGAAAGCAAAAAGUUUAUCAACUGUUCAAAGAAAAGUCAAGGUUCUUGGCCGGUUGGUUCCCGGUUGCCGAAAGCAACCAUUACCGGUUGUUCUUGAAGAAGCAACUGAUUACAUAGCUGCGCUUGAGAUGCAAGUUCGAGCCAUGAGCGCUCUCGCCGAGCUAAUGUCUGGCUCCGGAGCCACCAGCUCUAGCUCAGCUCCUCCGCCUCAGUCGCCGCCGCCGACAAGCCAUUGACACUUUUUUAUUUACUUAAAUUGCCAAUUGCCAUCAUAUGCCUUUUCUUUUUUCUCAUUUCUUUUAUUUUAAAUUUUUAUUCUCUCUCUCUCUUUCUCUCUCUUAGGUAAUCAUCUCCCCUGUUAAAUACGUGUCCUCUUUCUUCUCCUUCUCAAGUAAUUUUCAUUAUAUUAUCAUUUUAUUCGAUCCCUUCAGAAAAACCAAAAAGAAAAUCCAGAAUUUUCGCCUUAUGGACACUACUAUUGUAAAUGCUUGAUUUUGUAGAUUUAUUAUUACUCAGUGAUUUCUGGCUUAAAAUCGAAAAAUUAAAGGUUUAUUUGUUUAUGUAUUUAUUUUGGAGACGGGUCCAAACCAGGGUAUGCGACAAACGUACUUAAUGCACGAUGGGGCUAAAGCUAUUAGCUAAAAAUAUAGCUACUAUAUCUUGGGAUCAUAUCCGAGGUGUGGUGUUUUCACUUCAACUAUGAAUGUUGAUAUAUCAUGAUAUGACCUCUUUGAUUGCUAGAUUUCAGUGAAACUUCGAUGAAAAGCUAAAAAUGUAUUUUUUUUUUAUAAAUUUAUUUUGUACAACCGGGUAAACAAAAGUUUUGGGUGUUGGGGUUAUUGAAAUGUGAAUGAAUAUCCAUGGGAAUCCAAGUGCAGAGACCAAAAGUCGGGUGAUAGCGCCAAAAUAUUGAUGAGAAAUGUGGCAGGUGUCCAUGUGGAGUGCCGAAAUUGGGCACAUGUGAGGGAAGGUGAGCCAGAGGCUGGCCAAGCGUUUUUCUGAAAUGGUGGAGUGUUGUGAUUGUGAGGGCGUGAGCUGUGACCACUUGUCCAGAGACAAACGUCGCCCUGUCAACCCUGCUGGGUUCGGUUCAGUCUGAGACAGUCGGACUAAUGGGGGCUGCCACCUGUUCCCCGUAUCAAUCCCAUAAAGCACACACGAGUGACCCAGGGGA